AUACAUUACGUGAUUCAACAGCAAGCUGAGAAUCAAGCUAUGCAAGAAUUUCGUGUGUCCCCUAACGGGUACAUAUAUGUGGCGCGCGGUAACUUGGAUCGUGAAAAAAUGUCCAGUUACAACUUCCAUCUCAUUGCCAUUGAUUCUGGUGUGCCACCUCUAUCAUCUACCACCCAAGUGCAUAUCUACGUCACAGAUGUUAAUGACAAUUCACCUACGUGGCAGUUCCCUGCACACAAUAAUCAGGCGGUUAAUUUGACCGUUAGUGAACCAGUUGGCUAUCGAUUGGCUCAGCUCAGUGCCUUAGAUCCUGAUGAAGGAGAGAAUGGUGAGGUGACCUAUCGGUUAGUUCAAACCAGUGUGCUUACCGUGCGCGAUGAUUCGGAACGGGCUAACGCGUUAGGUCAAAAAGGUGGGGCGGAACAAGGUGGCUUCGGUUCCUAUCACCCAAAUGAGCCAAACUAUAUCCGACCGAGUCCGCUAAACCGACAAGCUGCAGGAAAUUUGUUUGAAUUAGAUCCAAGCAGUGGAUCUAUUUACGUUGGACGUUCGAUGAGUUUAGACGACAUCGGAACGGUCAAGUUGGUAGUUGAAGCGAGGGACCAUGGAAAACCGCCGCGGGUCAAUCAUCGUGUACUGCAUGUAAAUAUCUUGCGCUACAUGACUCAAACAAGUGCAUUUAACUCCAAUGGAGGAGACGAACCUGGUUUGGUUGGUACUGACAAAAGUCGGCAUCGAACACAGAACUCGACAAGUGGAAGCCAUAUUGAAAACGAUUUGAUCGUGAUCGUCAUCAUGGUUGCCGUGACACUCAUUAUCUCGUUGGCUUUGAUCAUAGCCAUUCUGUUCCUACGAUGCGGUGCUUGUCCGUCACGGAAUGCCGCACGGUAUAAUCCCAGUGAAAUUCAAGACUAUCGACACAACAUAUCGACCACACACCACUUGGAAGAAGUAUUCCGGGAUUCUGGAGCUCUGGGUGCAGAUGGAAUUCUACCAGGUGGAUUGGAUUCAAUGUCGAACUGUAAUCAUCCUAACGAUGCUACUCUGUCUACAUACCACACAAAUACCGAGAACGAGCCCAUGUUUCGUAGCUAUCUGUCAACACAUGGUGCCAACGAUACUUGGUUACUUCCAAAUAUUAGUCCAAGGAAGGCCGUUGGUCAGACUUGUGAUACUCUGAAUUGUCCGCGUGGAACAAUAACACGGGUUCAAGCUCCCUGUAUCAGGGAUGAGAAUAAUAAGUUGAUCAACACCAUUGGACCCGAAAGACGAGUCAAACGUAUGGAUGACGGAACAUUCGGUUCAGCAUCGAUGACAGAUUCGCCCGACCAUGAAAUGCACUUGAUGGUGUCUAAACGGGGCUUGACUGCAGGCAAGCAUACCGCUGUCCCGUGUUCGACUUUUCGUGCCAGCUGUUCCCAUUUGACUGGUGCUCGAUCAACAACUCCGUGCAAACCGACGGGCAAAUUACUGUUGGGCUUGAUGAAAGAAUCCUCAGGACCCAGUGAGAUGGAGGAUAUAGAUAGUAUGGACAGUGGGCACGGCUGCAGUGUGGACAAUGGGACGAGUGCACCCUGCGAUCCGCUUAGUCAGAGGCCCAGAUCUAGCAACCAAGUGACCACAUUUCGAUGCUAUACCCCAAGUUCUUGUUCAGAUAAUGGAGACUUUGACAGACUGGAGCGAGCCAAUCUGGGACGACCCAGGAGUGGAACUUUGCCAUCCGCUUUCAAUCUGAAUGAUGACCCUUUGAUUGGACAGUGUGAUAGCAAAUCUCAAGCCGAGCUGGCUGAGAUUGGCAAAAUUCCUUCAUCCAGAUCGCAACCGAGUCAUCUUGUUCGGGCCAGGCAAUCAGUCACUUGGCUGGAUCCAACAUAUCAGACGUGUGAACGAGGUCACAGUCCGGGGACCGUGUGUGAACGUAAUCAGACUCAGAACCAGCACUCAACAACUUGUCCCCAUUACGUUGUUAACACCGACUUGACCCCCACAGCAACCGAUCGAGGCACUUUGGUUAUGCUGAAUCCGGUUGAUCGGUUAGGUUAUGCACAACUGGUACACUCGUCCAGCGGUCUGUGUGAUCGAAAUUCACCCGCACAAAAUGCCUAUUCAAGCUUUCCCACCAGUUUUGUCUGA